UACCCAACCCGUUGGUUUGUUUCCGGAAGUUCGACUGUUUUUAUGGAUGCUUUUUGUGUUGCCUGUCUAGCUAAGUAGCAUGCCAACUACCAUAGCCUUACUUUCUCUCAAUACAUCUGGUAUUUAUAUUUAUUAGAAUAGCCUCAAAUACAGUAAGUGCUACAGCUUAUAUCUCAAAAUGAUAAAACAAUUGCAAUAGGACAGUUAUUGGUGGAUGCAAAAGAGGUUUAGUUACCAGUAUCUUUUCUGCUAAGUUUAGCUAAUUAGCUAGCUUCAUAUCAUUUUGAUAGACUGGAUCGUAACACUGACCAACCUGAACAAAAGUAGGUAAACUUUACGAUCUCAUAACUGUAGCUAGCUACACGUAGACAGUUUGCCAUGAUGUCUGAAGCCAUCGUAACCUUCCAGUCUCAGCUCUCCGGGGUCAUGGAGACGGUCCUAAAGUCAGCCAUAUACGAGAUCACCAGGCUGGUGGAGGAUAGCUUCCUGGAAGAGGUGUUCCGGAGCCGGGAGCAGGUCGAGUCGCUGAAGAAGCGGCUGCAGUGGUCGGAGGACAGUCGCAAGGAGAGGGAUAGAGAGGGAGGCCAGAGGGGGAAGUGUGCGGACUGUGGGAGAGCUGACGUGGAGACAAGCUCUGGAACCUCACAGACAGGUGUGGAGAGGGGGCGUGGCCUGAAGCAGGAGAAGUACCAGGGGAGGAGUGGAGCAGCUGUGGGGGUGUGGCCGGGAAACAGCCUUUCCACAGAGGUCGGAGGUCAGAAGCUGGACAGUCUGCUGAAAGAGGAGCCUCUCCACAACACUGAGUUACGGGAGAGAUGGUGUCUGCCUGGACGGGGCCGAUGGUUCGGACGUCUCGGGCCCAGUAAGAGUUCACAUGAAGGAACUGGUGGGCGCUUUGAGAAGUCUGGUUGCGACGGUAGUGGUGGUGGCGGCCAUCUUGUAGACAUAGAAGGGCUGGAUAGGUUUCCUGGUUCUCCGUCUCGUCUGGGGGCACUGAGCUACGGAGCUGCGGGUCACUACCAAGUGAACUUGGGGGGUCUGAGGGGGGAGACACACCAUCGCCCCAGAUGCCUGACCCCCAUCAGAGCCAGAGGGAGCAGGUGGGAUCGCCAACGCCAUCCCCCACCCAGAGGUGGAGAACGGAACUGCCUGUUGAUAAACGAGGAGGGGUACCUGCAGGACUCCAGUGUCUUGUACCCGAACACGCGAUCAUUCACAAGAGCAGGGAAAAGGAGGAGGAGGAGGAGGAGGAGGGAGGUGUCACGCCUGCAAUCAAUGCACCAAGACCUUCCCAGACUCCGUUUCCUCAAGGCCCACAAGCAGAAACACGAAAUGGGUAGAGGGUUGAGCACAGGGUCAGGGUCUGGACCUCCAUACUCGCGCACCCAGUGCGGUAAGAUCUUCACCCAGGCCUGCAACCUCAAGGUCCACCAGCGGGYCCACCAGGCCGAGGGACUCCACCUCUGYAGCCAAUGCRGCAAGGGCUUCACUUCCUUCUCUGACCUGAAGAGGCACAAGUGCAGCCAGACGACAGACAAGCCCUACUGCUGCUCCAUCUGUGGGAACAAGUUCAAUCGGCUUUGGAACCUCAAACUGCAUCAGCGCAUUCACACACAGGAGAAACCUCACCGCUGCACCAUGUGUGACAAGCGCUUCACUCGGGCAGACAAUUUGAAGGUGCACCAGCGUAUCCACACUGGGGAGAGACCGUACUGCUGCGCUGUAUGUGGACUCCGCUUCAAACAACUGGACCAUCUGAAGUCRCACCAGCGCAAACACAGGCCGGAUCUCCUGAAAUGAAUUUGUUAAAAAAAUAUAUACAGUACCAGUCAAACGUUUGGACACAUCUACUCAUUCAAGGGUUUUAUUUUUACUA